AUGUACCAAUACAGCUUGGAAUGGUUCUACAGCAUCUACGAGCAAGCCAUUGCUGCAGCGGAGCGCUUCGAGCGAAACAUUCAAAAGCGCUUGACGGCGCUGCAGUCGAAGUUCCUGGAGAUGCUGUUUGAACAAACAUGCCACUCACUCUUCGAGAAGGACAAGCUCAUGCUGUCCCUGCUGCUUGCUUUCAAGUCCAUGGAGGUGGACGACGAUAUUAACCUCGAAGAGAAGAGACUGCUCCUCAUGGCUCUGGGGGGUGGCAGCGCGCACCUUCCGAAACCCUCGGAAGAGUGGCUGACGGAGAAGAUGUGGAGCAGGAUCUGCGUCUUGGACAAAGUGGGCAAAGGGCCCUGGUACAAGUUUGCCACCUCCUUCCAGGACAACAUCGAGAAGUGGAAGGCUCUUUUCGACUCUGACAACCCUGUGGCUUACAAUUGGCCUGGCAAGGAGCAGAUGUCGGCACUGCAGCGGGCUUUGGUAUUGCUGGCCGUGCGUACGGACUGUACCAUCGCGGGCCUUCAAGAGGUCAUUUCCACCAACCUGGGCAAGAACUUUCUGGAACCACCUGGCUUCAACCUGGAGAAGUCCUUCCACGGCAGCAAUGCGUGCAAGCCGCUCAUAUUCGUGUUGUCGUCGGGAGCCGAUCCAAUGGUCGAAGUCAUCCGUCUGGCGCAGAAGGUGGGCAUGAACGAGCGGUAUACGACCGUUUCCUUGGGACAGGGCCAGGGCCCGAAGGCUGGAAGGGCUAUCAGCGAUGGCACGGAAGGAGGUCUCUGGGUUAUCCUGCAGAACUGCCACCUAGCACCGUCUUGGAUGCCUACGUUGGAAGUGAUGGUCGAAGAGUUGGACCCGGACAAGGUGAAUGAGCAGUUCCGCCUGUGGCUGACGUCGAUGCCAUCAUCGGAGUUUCCCAUUUCCGUGUUGCAAAAUGGCAUGAAGAUGACCAUCGAGCCGCCGAAAGGUCUGAAGUCAAACUUGCUUCGUGCGUUCUCCUCCAUUGACCCUGACUGGUUUGCCGAAGCGUGCACCAGGAGCACGGAGUGCAAGCAAACCUUCAGGAAGAUGCUUUUCGGUCUUUGUUUCUUCCAUGCCCUCAUUCAGGAGCGCUGUACCUACGGACCUCUUGGUUGGAACAUCCCGUACCAAUUCUCAGAACCUGACCGGCAAAUCUGCAUGAUGCAGCUCAGGAUGUUCCUGGAAGAGAAUGACUCCGUUCCAUAUGCUGCGCUCCGAUAUACUGCUGCAGAGGCCAACUACGGAGGCCGCGUCACUGACGUUCAUGAUCGUCGCUGCAUCAACUUCCUCCUCACAGACUUCUACUGCCCAGAGAUUCUCAAAGAUGACUACAAGUUCUCUCCUUCUGGCGUCUACUACGCGCCGGCUUACUCUGUGAGUCUUGAGCCCUACAUCGAGUACAUCCGGAGCCUGCCCAUCAACCAGAUGCCAGAGGCAUUUGGGCUGCAUGCCAACGCUAACCUCGUCGCAGCCAUCAGCGAGGCCAUGCGCCUGCUGGGUACGGCAGCAGCCCUCCAGCCACGGACAGGAGGAGGUGGCGGGGGUGCUUCUCAGGACGACGUGGUGAUGGAGGCUGCAACGAAGUAUCUCGAAGAGGUGCAGCCGCCUUUCGACACGGAGGCCAGCAACGCGAAGUAUCCUGUGGAUUACAACGAGUCCAUGAACACGGUCCUUAACCAAGAGCUGCUUCGGUUCAACAAGCUCAUUUCGAAGGUCCGAAGUACCCUGACGGACGUGAAGAAGGCAGUCAAAGGUUUGGUGGUGAUGAGCGCCGAGCUCGAGAUGUUGGCGGACGGGAUCCUGACGGAUCGCACCCCAUCGGUUUGGAUCGAAGUGUCCUAUCCUUCCCUGAAGCCCAUGGUGUCCUACGUCGCGGACCUUUGUGCCAGAAUCGAGUUCUUCCAGAAGUGGAUUGACGAAGGCAUUCCUGAAGCAUUCUGGUUGUCAGGUUUCUACUUUACUCAAUCCUUUCUGACGGGCCAGCUGCAAAACUAUGCCCGGACUCUGAAGCUGCCCAUCGACACGUUGAUCUGGAACUUCAAGGUGCUAAAGCAUUCGGCAGAGCUCAGUCGACCAGCUUCUGGCUGCUUGGCCUACGGCAUCUUCGUGGACGGAGCGCGUUGGGAUGACGACGACAGCGUGAUAGCGGAGAGCCUUCCGAAGGUGUUGUUCAGUGGACUACCGACAAUCCACCUCACACCAUGCGAGACGUCGAAGGACCCGACAGACCGCCGAACGGUCUAUCCAUCGCCACUUUACAAAACGUCUGGCCGCAAAGGAACGCUGACCACCACCGGCCACAGUACGAACUUUGUGAUGACGCUCCUUCUUCCGAUAACGAAGCAGCACACAGAGAAGUACUGGGCGAAGCGUGGCGUGGCCUGUCUCCUGCAGCUGGACGACUGA